GUAAACAUUUCAUCUGCUCGUGAUUACUCCAACAUGUGGUUGAUGCUAGAAAUCUCUCGAGACCUUUUGCUGAUCUUGAAGACCUUCAUUUUGUCCUUUGCGGCAGAGUUAUUCAAAAAUUUGUGGCGUUUUCUGGUUCCUACGUACAAAGACCUCAGCAAUGACGUGAUCUUAAUCACCGGUGCCGGUGCUGGAAUCGGCCGUUUAAUGUGUUUGGAGUUUGCCCAGUAUUGUCCAACUCUGAUCGGCCUGGAUGUGAAUAAAGACACCCUAAACGAAACAGCACGUGCGGUUGCAAGGCUGGGAGGUCCAGUUCUUCGUACUUAUCGCGACGCUGUAACGAGCAGAUCCCGAGACGAUAUAAAUCAAACCGUCGCACGAGUACUCCGAGAGGUUGGUCGUGUAACCAUACUUGUCAACAACGCUGGCGUAGUCAGCGGCAAGCAGAUUCUAGAUCUGAAACCGGUGGAUAUCGAUGACACUUUCCAAGUGAAUGUUAUUUCGCACAUCUAUAUGCUUCAAGCCCUUCUACCCUCAAUGAUGGGUUCCGAUGGAAGAGUAGGCGAUGUUGUGGGUUCAUCAGAUUCGGUUCCACGGGGGCAUAUAGUCACGAUCGCGUCACUAGCGUCUGUGAUACCAAAUCCCGGCUUGGCUGAUUAUUGUGCAUCCAAGGCUGCCGCUCUGAUGCUGUCUGACGCUUUGGAGCUGGAAUUGAGGGUGGCCAACCUUGAAAAGCACAUCCACGUGACGCGCGUUUGUCCCUUUUUCAUCAACACACAGAUGUUUGAAGGAUGUAGUUCAUCGUUAUCGUGGCUGUUUCCGGUGGUUGACGCUGACUACUGUGUCCGGCAAAUCGUUAAGGCUGUACGUGCCAAUGAACGUCUAGUUUUCAUCCACCGGUGGCAAUUCCUGGUCGCUGUCUUGUACUGGAUAGUACCACGUAACACAAUUUAUCGCCUGUUUGACCUAUGUGGCACGAGUCAGUUUGUGUCGCAACUUCAGGAACACCGCAAAAGUAAACAAGAGGGGACUACAUCCGCACUCCCUUCUGCUCAGCUACCACCAUCUGAAUAGCGGCAGAUAACGGAAUGGAUGUAUUGCGACUGAGUAUUUUGAGAUUUUUUCACUAUUGAUUCAGUGCUAUUCUCCGUCUCUCCAUAAAUCCGCUUUGUUUCGAUUCAACUAACCGCCCGCCACCUAUCCCCACUCUCUCUAGUCAGUUUGUUUAUGCUAUUCUGUUUACGCUUUUUAACCGAUGUAAAGUACUUGAGUACGAAAGGUCCUGUGACUUUGGGCUGUCGUGCUCAAGUACACGCAACACCCCGACCCAUUUAAAUCUCUGAACAUUUGCCCCCCCCCCUCAUCUGAAAGCUGCCCUAUUCGAUUUUUCGAUGUUGCACUGCAACUAGUGUGCCAUUUCGACGGAGACGGACCAUCGACCGUGUGCAAUCAAUUAGCCCACUAUUGAUAGCUUUUCUAGCAAUAAACUUUCGUAUCCAUCAGCAACGUUUUUGGAUUCCGAUUCGUCCAAAUUUAUGAAGUGCUCUACUUGGGCUCGUGCCAAACUGUUUCAUAUUAAUUUGGUGAUAUUAGUAUUCAUUUACACGUUACGUUUUAUG